AUGCUAACACAAAGCGAUCCAAUAAUUCUAAUUCCAACAGAGAAUUUUGAGAUCCCAGAAUAUUAUUCAGUUGAUAAAUACUACGAUGUUCCAGUUAAGGAUACCAAAUCCUACGGUUUUUCAUGGAUUAGCGCUUUUAUUUCUUAUAUGGAAUCGAUUUAUCGAUAUCAAUUUACAUAUUCCGCAAUAGAAUCUCUGAAAUCACAAUAUUUAGAGAUGUCAGAACUAUUCCUGAUGAAUAAAAUUGCAACGGAAUGCCCGAAAGUAAAUUCAACAAAAGCUUGUCAAUACAUCAAAUCUGUCAAUCAAAAAGAAGGCAGUUUAACCCUCAUACCAAAUUUAUUAAAUCAUUCUGCUGAUGUUUUACAAGGUCUAGCUCCAAACUCAAUAUGUAAAAAUAUAAUUGAAAAUUGCAAUGCCUCAAAUCAAAAAGAGUACAUAAAAUUCGAUUUCAAUCUUACAGGAUGGUCUACUCAUGUCAAAGACAUCAAAAGAUUACUUAUCCGAUAUCAACGACCUCUUUUAUUUGCCAUGCCUGAACCAUUACAUCAGAAAUAUACACUGUGUGCCGAAAACGAUAAUACAGAGCCUUGCAAAUCAAAAACAGUUAUUUGUCCAGACUCAACAGACGAAAAUCCAUUUUACUGCAAAGUUACGACCGACCAAAGCUAUACACCAUCAGGAGAAUUCUUCGUUCCACCAUAUCUACAAGCUGGAGACCCAAUGAACUUUGUUAUUGUUGGGUAUUCUGACACUUUUACACCUUCUUGUGGAAAAAUCAAAGUAGAUUACAUGAAAUAUCCAUCUGGUGGAUUUAUUGUUCGUCCUGCCAAGUCAAUUUCAACAGGAAAUACAAUAAAUUAUUUUACAGGAGAAUUAUCUGGAAAUGAAGCUUUUAAAUUAUGUCCAAACUCAUUGGAUCCUAAAAAUUGGAUUGGUGUUGAUAUUUCUUGCAUGAAAUCAAAAAAUAAUUUUGAUUUAUGUCCGGCAAUUCCUUCUACAGUAGAUUACGCAACUUCUGUGCCUGUAACAAAGCUCAAAUGCAUUGAUUACAGAUAUUGUUCUGAAAAUGGAACAUAUUCUUUAAUUCAAGUUCCAACUGAUCCAGAAAGAACAACUUUGAUCGUGAAUGGAGUUGUAAAGGUCUUGGAACAUAUUAAUGGAACCUCAAAAGUUAUUGAUAUCGAUCAAAUUCCCAUUGAAAGAUUAAAUCAAGUUUUUACUCCAGAAAAUGUUGCCAAAAAUGAUGAUUCAUGCGGCAAUUGGUUUAUUCCUUAUGAGAUUGUCGACAGAAUGUCUAGAAUAAGCACAAAAUACUUGGAUAGAACUUUUGCUUUCGAUUUAGAGGUUAAAUUUGAUACAAAUUCAUUGCCUCAAAACGCACAAAAGUUCAAGCAAUCAAAUAUCAAAAAUAGCUUACAUCAAGCUCCAAAGCGGUAA